AAGAAUAAAUUGAAAAUCUCUCAGUUUUGGGAACAUUUUGAUUUAACCAGAAAACUUGAAGCAAAACAAAGUGUAGCCCAAGUUAGCAUACAGAUUAACGCAUUAAAAGUGUUGGAUGUUUCAGCUGCCCACCAAGCGAAUGAACUUAUCAAACGAACAUGUCCUGUUCUUUCUGGACUUAACUGUAGCCAAAAUUGUGACGAUGGUAAUAUCGACCAUGGUGAUGACGACUUAACAAAAAUGAACAGCGUGAAUCUGAAAAAGCGCAAAGCUUAUACUGCUUUUGAUGAAAAGUUAGAUGAUCUACAUAAUGAUGAGAAUCUAAAUGUUGACCAAUUUGACAACAGUUACUCUUCCUCCGACGUCAGCUUUGCUUCAUCUCACAUUGGUGAAGAUUUUUUAUUAUUUGAUAAUGAUGAGAAAAUAAAAAUUGAUCUGACAGAAAUCGCAAAGCAGCUGGAGCAGGAACCAUUAAAUGAAUGGGUAGUCGAGGGUAUUCGAGUGACACAAAAAUUCCGAGAGUACCAGAAAAAAGUGUUAUAUAAAGCAAACAAAGAAGGGUUGACAUGGGAUGACACCUAUGAGGUUCUGGGUUUGUCAUCAAUUUUAGUAUUAUCUUGGCCAUGUCCUUAUCCAAUGUUUACGACUGAAGAGUGGAUACUCAUUACAAAAACAAAUCCAUAUGCGUUAACCGAACCCGUGUUUCCACCAGAAAUUUCCACCUCUUUAAAUAAUGCCGUUUGUAAACAUUGGAAUGGUGAAGACGUUUAUAUAUAUCCUGGCGAUUCUGCAUUGA